AUGAAGGUUUUCUCACUUUUUUUCACCUUCUCCUUCGCCCUUGAUGAGAUGCUUCUCAUGAUGAUGAUGCAACAGCAACAGCAAGUUGCUCCUGGCCAGACAUCGCAGAUGAACAGCAUACUCCCGCUCCUUCUCCUUGAUUCCGACGACUCCUCAGAUAAUUCAAUGAUGCUCAUGAUGAUGAUGAUGCAAGGAGAAAACAUGAACGAUAUGAACUCCAUCCUUCCACUUCUUCUUUUCUCAGACGAUGACAGUAACAGCACUUUGGAUAUGACUUCCUUCUUCCUUUACUCUUCUAUGCUCCAGAAUAACUGCGAAACUGCUACUGACGAUCAGUUCGGCGCCAUGCUUCCUCUUCUCCUUAUGGACUCCGAAGAUGGCAAUAGCGACAAUCUUAUGCUUAUGCUUAUGAUGCAGACUAUGGGUGAUUCUCCAGUCGGUAUGGACAAUAUCUUCCCACUUCUCUUCCUCCUCGACGAUGAAGGAAACUCUACCGACUCUGUUCUUCUCAUGGUCCUCCUCAACUCGAUGACCGGUGGCAUGAACUCUCAACAAGGAUUCGACAACAACUUCAACAUGAUGCUCCCUCUUCUCCUUCUCGACGGUGAAGACAACGAUGAUAGCCAGUCUGACAUGCUCGUUUUGAUGAUGGCUAUGCAAUCUCAGGCACCCGGCUCCGCCUUUGGUACCGAUAUGAUGCUCCCUCUUCUUCUCAUGGACGACUCUGGCGACAAUGAAACUCUUCUCUUCUUCAUGAUGAUGAACCAGGGCAAGACCAAGUGCGAGCCAGCCUACGUCCCAGCUCCUGAACCAGUCGUUGUUGUUCAACCAGAGCCACAGGUCGAGACUGUCUUCCGAACCUGGAGAGUCAACGCUGAUGGAACUCGAGAGCUUAUCGAAGAAUCCGUCGACACCGCGUAA